AUGCUGUUCAACGACUGCAGCUCUGCUUUCAAUACCAUAGUGCCAUCCAAGCUUGUCACUAAGCUCAGGGCCCUGUGUCUGAACUCAUCCCUGUGCAACUGGGUCCUAGACUUCCUAAGGGGCCGACCCCAGGUGAUGAGGGUAAGCAACAACAUCUCCACCAAGCUGAUCCGCAACACGGGGGCCCCACAGGGAUGCGCCAUUAAGAGCAUUUUGCUGGGUUACAUCACCACCUGGUAUGGAAACUGCAUCGCCCUCAACUGCAUGGCUCUCAUGAGGGUGGAGCGGCUGCUGUACUCCUGUGAGCCUGAGAAUCCAGCAGAGGGCGCUGUGCGCAAACAGAUCCUGAGCUUGGAGACACUGUACAGCCGACUAACAUCCCGAGGCCAUGGAGGGGCAGACAUCAACACAUCGAAAGGAGAUGUGGAGAAGGACCUGCUUCGAGUUCUGUCUUACCAAGCUGAGUCGGCACUUGCUCAAGAGAAUCACCAAGAGGCUGUGGCCUGCAUGCAGCGCUGUAAAGACAUGCUACUGCGGCUCCCCAAAGAGACAGGCUAUCUCUCUCUCAUGUGCUAUAACUUCGGAGUGGAUUCCUACAAUAUGAAAAAGUAUGAGGAGAGUUCAUUCUGGUUGAGCCAGAGUUAUGACAUAGGGAAGAUGAAUAUAAAAUACUCCCCUGGCGCUGAAGUGCAAGCCAAGGUCCUGAGGCUCCUUGCCACUGUCUAUCUAAAGUGGGACUGUCAGCAGUUUCAGGAGAAGGCACUCAAUGCUGUGAAUUUAGCCAAUAAGGAUGACCACAUAAGAGCUGGAGUGACAGAGCUGCUGGAGUCAGAGGUUCCUCUGGAAGUGUGUCUAAGCACAGUGAAACUACUCAUGGCUGAAGACAGAGAGACAUUGGCCUUUGACUACCUGAAGAGGGUGUGCCAGCACUUUGAGUCGUCCCCUGAACUGGGCAGUGCCCUGGUCCUGCACAUUGAGCUGCUGCUGCAGAGAGGCAAGGAGCUUCUCGGGAAACAGAAAAUAGAGGACAUCAUCACAGGUACUACAGUGGUGGUGGUGGACAUCAUCACAGGUACUAUGGUGGUGGUGGACAUCAUCACAGGUACUACGGUGGCGGUGGUGGUGGACAUCAUCACAGGUACUAUGGUGGUGGUGAACAUCAUCACAGGUACUACGGUGGUGGUGGUGGACAUCAUCACAGGUACUACGGUGGUGGUGGUGGACAUCAUCACAGGUACUACGGUGGUGGUGGUGGACAUCAUCACAGGUACUACGGUGGUGGUGGUGGACAUCAUCACAGGUACUACGGUGGUGGUGGUGGACAUCAUCACAGGUACUACGGUGGUGGUGGUGGUGGACAUCAUCACAGGUACUACAGUGGUGGUGGUGGACAUCAUCACAGGUACUAUGGUGGUGGUGGACAUCAUCACAGGUACUACAGUGGUGGUGGUGGACAUCAUCACAGGUACUACAGUGGUGGUGGUGGACAUCAUCACAGAUACUACAGUGGUGGUGGUGGACAUCAUCACAGGUACUAUGGUGGUGGUGGACAUCAUCACAGGUACUACGGUGGCAGUGGUGGUGGACAUCAUCACAGGUACUAUGGUGGUGGUGGACAUCAUCACAGGUACUACGGUGGUGGUGGUGGACAUCAUCACAGGUACUACGGUGGUGGUGGUGGACAUCAUCACAGGCCACUACACUGGUAAACAGCUGUCUCCUCAGACUCUCACCUGUUUACAUCUCCUGCUGUGGGACAAAGCCUCCAAGAACUUUGAGACUAAGAACUUCUCAGAGGCUCUGCAGUGGUAUAACUACUCCUUGAGUUUCUACAAGGCUGGCCAGAUGGAGCCCAACCUGGCCAAGCUUCAGAGGAACAGAGCCUCCUGCUUACUGCAACUGCAGCAGCUGGACAAGGCCAAAGAAGCAAUAAAGGAGGCAGAGAGAUGUGAUCCAAACAGCAUCUUCACUCAGUUCAGUGUUUACAAGAUUGCUGUCCUGGAGAACAAUGUGGAGAAAGCUGCAGAGGCAGUGAAGGCCAUCGGGGCUCUGGCCCAAGGUCCUGUGACCAGUGAGGACAGACUGCUAGUUGCUGAGAAUGCUGCCUCCAACCUCCUCAGUCUUGCUGCUCAGAUCGCUCUGGAGAAUGAGCAACAAGACACAGCCAUGAAGGCUCUGGAGAGUUUGUGUGAACACUCAAAAGAUGAAGCUCAGGUUCUCACUGCUCUCAGGUGUUUGGUUCGACUAGUGCUCUCAACAAUAGAAAAGGCCAGUGGGGAGAUACGCCAGUGUUUGUUGUUUACUGUCACCACCACAGCACUGCAGAAAGUGUCACAGCUCAGCCCAGGGCCUAGCAUGGCUGUAGAGCAGCGCACAGAGGACGCCAACUGGUUCAGGAAGAUUGCUUGGAACUCUGCGCUGCAGUGUGAGAGCAGCCCUGACAGGAUGAGGGAUUUCUUUCUGUUCUCUUACCAGCUGUCCCAGUUCUGCCCCCCGGACCGGGCCGUGUUGAUGGGCCAGAAGACGUGCCUGCUGAUGGCUGCUGCUGCCUCUCUGGAGCUCUGCAGGAAGUCUCCACACUCUGACCAGACGGAGCAGCUGACACAAGCCCUGGAGCACAUUCAGAUCUGCUGGGAGGUCUGGAAGACUCUUAAAGCAUCAGGGGACAACUCCAAGGACCCAACCAACAUGUUGCUGCUGCUGUAUGAGUUUGAGGCUCGUGCCAAGCUCAAUGACCCCAAGGUGGAGACAGUGCUGGAGUCAGUGCUGGAGCUGGAUAAUGUUGAGAUCAAGGUGUUGGAGACCAUGGCAGCCUUGGCCAUGGAGCCUCCUGCCCACUUCCCUCUGCUGUGUAAGAAGGCCUUGAGGAUCGCUCUGUCUCUGCACAGGAAACAACCACAAGCAGACCUGGCCCGCUGCAGCCAGUGUGUCCACAGCCUGAUCCAGCUGUCGCUACCCAGCGGCGUGUCGGAUGUGGAGGCCCGUGUGCUGGAGGAGGUAUGGGGCUACUAUGAAGAGGCCCUGUCCAUCAUCACAGCCCCUGAGGACUUCCCUGAGAUGGAGAUCCUGUGGCUGCUGACCCGAGCCUGGAACACAGGCAUCCUGCUGUACAGCCUGGCCCAGUACCCCGAGGCUGAGAGGUGGUGUGGCCUGGGCAUGAGCUUCCUCCGCCACCUGGGCUCCCUGCAGGAGAGCUACCAGACACAGAUGUCAGGUCUGUACAGUGAGGUCCUAGACAGACUAGACAAAGCCAAGAAGAACCUUAUCAUGGAGGAAUGA